AUGACGGCUAUGGCACUUGAGUUAUCGGUUCUGGGUCGAUCUGUAAUUGGCACAAAUACCUCAAAAUUGAAGAGAUAUGGUCAAAAAUCGAAGCUUUCAGGUAAGAUUUUCUCGGCAAAUUCUUCUGGUUUUGAUAAGAAUCAACGAUGUGGGUUUGGGUCAGAGACGAGUCGAGUUUUCUUCGAAUCUGGAAUGAUUCCAAGUGUCUGUGAGAAGAAACAAGGCGUGUCAUGUGAAGAGCCUGGUGUAGCAGAUCGUCACUAUGAUUCGACACGGAUAUGGGUUAUCGACAAGCCUGCGGCUAUACAGUGUUCGAGAAGGAAGAGGUUAUAUGAGCAACAAGUUGAACAACUUGGUAAUUUUCAGCUGUGUAUACAUGAUCAAAUGAUUAUGUUAGAUGCAUUGAGGAGCGGCUUCUGCAAUGAAAGCAAUCCAGAAAGCAACACCAUGGAUGAGAUCAUUGAGCAGACUGAGAACAUGAAACAGAUCCCAAGACCCAUUAUCAACUCCAAUUGGUUCAGCGAUUGA